AGCAGUUGGCCUUGUUUUCUUGUGUUGGAAAAGAAGCUCAACAACAUUGCACCAUUGUCAACUCUUCUCACUCUCUCUAUCUCCCUCCGUGGAGUAGUUAGGACCUAAUUUUGUCUCCACUUAUUCCAUAUAUUUGCCUCGUUUGGAAGAUGUGCCACUGAUUAAGCUGGUGAAACAAAUCAUGAUGAACGUGUCAUGAAAAAAAGAGACAUCGAAUUUAUAUUUUCCUUCCCAAAAGCGAGUUUGUGUGAGAUGUUUAGUGUCAUUAGAAGAAAACUCCGGCACUUUUAUUCAAGGAUAUUGUGGCUACUAUGGAAGCGCCCCAGGUGUAAAGUUGUGAUCAAAAGGUUUAGAAAAUUGAACUUUAAGGGUCAUCAAUUGAGUAAGAACAAGUCUAGAAGUGACUCAAAUGGCCUCUUGGUUGAGUCUGAAUCUGGAAGGCCUAUUAGGAUUGCUACAUUCAAUGUUGCCAUGUUUUCACUUGCACCUGCUGUUUCAGAAUUUGAUGAAUGGGUUGUCUCCAAUCACGAGCAUGGAUCUAAGAAGAAGAAUCUCAGAAAGGGUGACUUUCCCAAGAGUAUACUGAAGCAAUCUCCAUUGCAUGCGUCUCUGAACAAAGCUCAGAGUCUUUCUGACUCCAACAUUCUGCCACGAUCAAAUUUGAAGGUUUCUAUUAAUCUUCCCGAGAAUGAGAUUUCACUGGCAAAUAGUAGAUUGGUUGCUUCGAUGGAGAGGAAAGAGGGCACAUCAGAUAGAAUGAUGGGAAAUGUUUCUGGCAGGCAUCAGGUUCCUGCAAGAUCUCCUGUGUGCUUUCCUUUCGUUAUGAACUACUGUGAGGGCAGUGAGAGAUUCACAAGCAGCAGAAGCAUCUUGGAAGUUCUGAGAGAGAUUGAUGCUGAUGUGAUGGCCCUGCAGGAUGUGAAAGCAGAAGAAGAGAAGAACAUGAAGCCUCUUUCUGAUUUAGCAGCUGCUUUGGGGAUGAAAUAUGUUUUUGCUGAGAGUUGGGCUCCAGAAUAUGGAAAUGCCAUCUUAUCCAAAUGGCCAAUUAAGAAGUGGAAAGUUCAAAAGAUUGCUGAUGAUAAUGAUUUCAGGAAUGUUUUGAAGGCUACAAUUGAUGUGCCUUGGGCUGGAGAAAUAAAUUUGCAUUGUACUCAACUUGACCACUUAGAUGAGAAUUGGAGAAUGAAACAAGUGCAGGCAAUAUUUCGCUCCAAUGACUCUCCUCAUAUCUUAGCAGGAGGUCUCAAUUCUCUAUAUGGAGCAGAUUACUCAUCUGAGAGAUGGACAGAUAUUUUUAAUUACUAUGAGAAACUCGGAAAGCCUAGGCCAAGGUCAGAAGUCAUGAACUUCAUGAAAUCCAAAGGCUACGUCGAUGCAAAGGAUUAUGCAGGAGAAUGUGAGCCCAUUGUCAUCAUUGCCAAAGGCCAAAAUGUGCAGGGGACAUGCAAGUAUGGCACAAGAGUGGAUUACAUUUUGGCUUCCCCAAAUUCUUCAUACAAAUAUGUGCCAGGGUCCUACUCAGUGAUUUCUUCAAAAGGAACUUCUGAUCACCAUAUAGUGAAAGUGGACAUUGUGAGAGUAAAUGCAUCUGCUCAGAAAAAUGUGAUGAGACAGUGCAGGAAACUAAAGAGUAAGGUGGUGAAAAUAACACCACCAUGUUCUGCAACAGGUGUAAGGGAAUCAACCCCACCUACCAAAAUACUUGUACCAUAGGAAAAUUGUGUGACAAAAGUGAUGAGGCAUAUUUUGAUGAACACUGUUAGCUGGGAAGUUAAAAUGGCAUGGUCAUGCAGUAGAGUUUGACAUUUUCUUGUGCCCUUGUUCACAACUGCAUUAAUACUGCUCUUUACCUUUUCUUC